UAUAUUGUUAAGGUAUUUUUUUAUAUUUUUGAGGAACAUGAAUUGAGAAUAUUUGAAUUGAUUAAAUUUUAUUGGUGGAAAAUUAUUGGAAAGUGUAUAAGAAAAUAAAAAAUAAAUUAAAUUAUAAACAUUUAUUAAAUUCUUAAUAAGCGUGCAUACUUUAGAAAAUCUUACUUUCAGGAACAGAGAGAAUAUUGUAAAUAAAAUGUUCAAGGCUUUCCUAUAAAAGAUCUAAAUAAAAUUGAAGUGAUCAUCAUGGAAUCCAUUGUGUUCAAGAAAAAUACUACCAUGAACUAUCAAGAUAGCAUAUAUUUCGAUAUAAACCUAUAAUGAUAGAUAGAGAGACACAAAUAGAAUAAAUAAAAAUACUGUAAGUAGUACUCCUAGAAAAAAAGUAAUAAUGAUGGAAAAAGAUAAAACAUCACGCAAAACCUAAAAAGAAAGUCGUCUGGUUGUCGUGUGCUGCUCUCUCCUCAAAUAGUUUUGCCAAAGUUUUCACGUCAUUUUUUUUACCCCCACUCUCCUUCGUAUCAUACUAUAUUAGUACAACGAGUACCCACCUCUCUCUUUCACCUAACCACCCUUCUCUACUCUCUCCCCAUUGAUAAAAAUGUCAGUCAACCAUUACUCCACGGACAACCACCACACUCUCUUCUGGCAGAACCUCCACACCACCGACACAUCGGAGCCAACCACAACCGCCGCCGCAUGGCUCAGUGAAGACCAGAAAGAGUAUCUCUUCGAGAAAUCUCUCACACCCAGCGACGUUGGCAAGCUCAACCGUCUCGUCAUACCAAAACAGCACGCGGAGAAGUACUUCCCUCUCAACACAACCAUCUCCGAUAAUGCUGAUGAGAAAGGGACGCUUCUAAGCUUCGAAGACGAGUCAGGCAAGUGCUGGAGGUUCAGAUACUCUUACUGGAACAGCAGUCAAAGCUACGUGUUGACUAAAGGAUGGAGCAGAUACGUCAAAGACAAACAGCUCGAUCCAGCCGAUGUUGUUUUCUUCCAACGGCAACGUUCUGAUUCCCGGAGACUCUUUAUUGGCUGGCGUAGACGCGGUCAAAGCUCCUCCUCCGCCGCGAAUCCAACUUCGUAUUCUAGUUCCAUGACUGCUCCACCGUAUAGUAAUUACUCUAAUCGUCCUGCUCACUCAGAGUAUUCCCACUAUGGCGCCGCCGUAGCAACAGCGACGGAGACGCACUCCAUACCAUCGUCUUCCGCCGUCAGGAGCUCGAGGACGGUGAGGCUUUUUGGUGUGAAUUUGGAAUGUCAAAUGGAUGAAGACGACGGAGAUGAUUCGGUUGCCACGGCAGCCGCCGCUGAGUGUCCUCGUCAUGACAGCUACUACGGCCAAAACAUGUACAAUUAUUACACUCCUCAGCCUCAUAACAUGGAGGUUCAGAAGCGACCCGUAAUCCGCACGUGGUUUCCGUUUGCCCAAAGACCCGUACUCCGCACGUGGUUUCCGAUUGCCAACCAUCUAAUCCCCCUGGUCCGGAACCAGCCGGCACUAAUACCCAUUACCCAAGGACCCGGCACCAACGCCGCGUUAACUUUAAACUUUGGGUGGGCGUAAAGCAUUCCGUAGUCACGGAAGGUAUUCGAACUCGGAUCCGUAUCGGUUGUGGUAACUACCUCAAGACCACUAGUCCACCACCUCGUGGUUUUUCUUCUGAAAGAUGAAAUUGGAAACUGAUGAGAUUAAUAUAGAAAAAGUGGGGCCAACCAAAUGAUAAUUUAUUUUUAUUUUUAUUGGAGUUACUUUUUUUUUAUCAACUAUUGGAGUUAUGUUUUUAACUAGCUUCUUCAAAUAGUUUCUCUUGCAAGUAAACCAAACAUGUAAGGCAUGGUUCAAUUCAAUAUUUUAACUAAAUAUCAAAUCAAUCAAGUCAAAUGAUUAUAAUGUAUUUUUGUCCUUUAAUUGGAAGCAGUGCAUGAAUAAGUCAUGUAUAUUAUGUAUGAUUAUUCAUACAAUUAUGCAUUUUAUCUCAGGGAGGAAGUCUAUACAAUUGAGAUAGUCCUACAAGAACCUGUUCUUUUUUCAUGUACAAAGGUCAGAUGAACAGUCAAUCAUCUGUUGAAAGCGAUCGUAUGUUCAUGCACUGCUUCUUUUAGUGCUCUUCAAUCUUUACCUCUCAUUAUAUAUACACAAAUAUCAGUGAUUGGAUCGGUUAUCCACUUCCAUGUGCUUCCAAAAA